AAAUCACUAACAAGGGAUAGUGAAUAUGUUAAAAGUUCAAUUUUCAAAUUAAAGCACGUUAGUAGUAGUAGUGAUCAAUAAUACAUUAUGUGAGAAUGUUCCUUUCUAAGCUAAUCUUGCUGCUUUCUAUAAAUGAAAAGAACAAAUCUUAAGCAACAAAUAACAAAUGUGAAUACAGCGCAGUGUGUUUGCAUCUAGGGACGCAUCGUGACACUUUUCACUAGACGGAGAAAGUAAUGUACAGUUAGGAAGAUAUGGGUUGCAAAAUGGAUGCAGCUAAGCGGUAUGCUGUAAACGUUAUAACCUACAUCAACAUAGCAGUGAAUGUAAACCUCUGCGAAUGUCUUCAAAUAAAGCAGCUGGUUGGAUUUUAUUGUCCCUUCUCGUUUGUGAUAUUGUUUCUACGCAUGCAUACCAUCAACAACAUCCCUCUCAAGUUACGGCUCAAUUGCAACAACAACUACAUCCUGCGUACUACACUAAUCCGCAACUAAACAGAAAAUUCGCAGAAAAGCCAAAUGCGAUUAAAAAAGUUGCCUUGGAUGAUAUCGACGAUAUCCAAACAAAUCAAAUUCAAGACGUGGGAUUCUCAUGGUCUAAUAUGCUCGGAAUGCUCAUGCAAAUGGUCUUCAACGGAGGCAAUAACGCACCAACCAAAUCGGACGAUAUUGACAACGGCGGAACUUUCGCUCAAUCCCCGUGGGCGAAUGUGAUAUCCGUUGGAUUGAAAAUUAUUACCGCGCUUCUUGGUGGAGGUACUAAUGAUGGCAUUGAUAAAGUGGACAAUGGGGGCUCACCAAUGCAGAACGUGCUGGCGGCUGUGUUUACAGCUAUGUUCGGGGCAAAGGAUCCAGAUCAGGUGAACACCAUGGCAAAACAGGCAGGAGAGUUUAUCAACAUUGUCGUAAAUUUGUUAGAUGCGCUGAAAACGUCUUUUUCACAUCGUUCUCUUUUGGCUAGAAAUUUGGGGAAAAAAGAUUCUAUUAGUGAUGCGGCCAUCGCUGGAAUAACAGCUCUUAAAACUUAUGCUAGAUCUUAUCAUAGCUCAGACAAUAAAUGUCUGCUCAAGUACAUCUGUGAAGCGAAUAAUGACUGCAUGAAUGCUGUUGGAGGAUCUAGUAUCUUCUGUCAGCUUGGAAAUUACGCAACAAGUUACGUCAUGGAAAAGCAAUCAACCACAUCCUUUGAGACACUGUAUGAGGCAGGACGAAGCGGACGGUUAGGAUUGGACUGUCGGCAGCUGUACCUUGAUUGCAACGAAGUCUAAGCAUUUAAAUACGUAAAAAAUGUAUUUCAAUACAAGCCCACUAAUCAUGUGCCUUAUGUUUGGAUCCGACAUAAUCAUUAAAUAGGUUAUUUUUUUAUAAACACCACUGACAACAAUUAAGUGCUCAUAAUAACCGUUACCUUCUUGAAUCCAUUAAAUAUUGCAGAUGCCCCGAAAGGGAAUUUAGACAUUGAAUACAGGAGCAGAAUUGAACAGGCGCAGCACAAUAAUACAAAAAUUAGUGAUCCCGCAUAAAAUGGUGUUGUAUUUUGAUUAGCAUUUAUAAGUGUGCGUAUAGUUUUCUAUUCUUCCAUUUAAUACGCUCCGAAAGGUUUUAAAAAUUAAAAACCCCAAACAUUUUUUUUUCAAUUUUCUGCUUAGAAAUAUUCGUGAUAAGUAUUUGAUGAGCGUAGCUACAAUAAAUGUAAUCAAGUUUACUGCAAACAAUGAUUGGAUCGAAGCUAAAUACUAUGUUAUUAUCAUAUAAAUUUAUAAUCUGUUACUUGAAACGAACAACAAUAUGAUAAAUAAUUGAGCAAAUUCGUUUUACAAUAGGUAACCUAUUGUUAUUCCUGUUCACGAACGCUGAAAUGUAUAUGCGAGAUAAUUUAUUUAUUUAUUUAUAUUAUUUAAUAGUUAAAAUAUAUUUUUAAAAUUGCA